AUGAUCAUGUUGUUCGAUCUCGUCAUCAACCUUCUCAUUACCGACCUUAUUCAGCUCUGCUGCAUGAUCGCUUGGGUGCUGCCUAAGGACUGGAUACUCAGUGGUGGAUUUAUCUUAGUUCCAAUUUACGGCUAUUGUCUGGUGGCCAGUAUUGGUUUCAUGGUGUGCAUCGCCCUGGAAAGGUAUUUGGUCAUCGCCUGCCCAUCGUGGUACUGCUUCAGACGAACCAUCAAGGUCUCUGUGCUGGUCUGUGUCGUGGUCUGGGCCCUUCCUGCUGUCAUUUUUUGUCUCAUUAUUGCAGGGAACACGAUGACCAAUGCUGGCAUCCUCCUCCUCCUUCCUCUCCCACUGUUCAUAUUCUUCCUUGGUGGGACCCUCAAAGCCCUGUCUGCUUCCAUCUCUGUCCACUCUGACGAAAAACGAAGAAUUGUAGGAAUGUUGGUCCUGGUGCUGCUUAUUUACACACUGUUGUUCCUGCCCACCAUUAUUUUGUUCCUGGCACGGGGAAGCAGUGUUAUCGAUGAAUAUAAGCUACGCAACCUGUCUUCAACGUUUGUGAAGUUGAGUCCUCUGGCACACUUAUUUCUGUAUAUUUUCAUGAGGAAAGGGACCAUUGACAAGCUGUUGGCUUCUGUGUGUUGUUGCAGAAUGGACAGUGAUGAUAUCAGCAGCCCAGUGUGAAUGAUGACAAAAUGUCCACAGUCAGCUUCAUGUAGGCAGAGAAAGAGAGACAGAGAUCCGGGGCUAUUCAUAAAACAUUCAGAGCUGAGGCCUCAGACAGCCAGGCUUAAAGACGCCACUGGUUAUAGCUAAUGUGUGUCUGUCCCAAACUGUGUUUGUUUUGCUUUUUUAAUCUUUAUUUCAUACAAAUAGUUUUGCUGUUUUCGUGGGAGGCACGUAGGAAGUGAUUCAGAGCAGGAUUACGCAACAGCUGCAAUGUGCUUAACAAUAUUGAUAAAUUCUUACUUCACAGUGAUGCUAAUGGAAAAACAGAACAGCAGAAGUAGGUACUAAUUCACUGACAUGGUAAAAUGAAGUCAAAUGAAAUGGCUAAGUGUGUUGGUGCAUGUAUGUCGACAAAGUUC